UUUUUUUAUUUUCCAUAGUUUGGUAUUUCGACAGCUUUUUUGGGGUUUGGUAUUUUGACGUUUUUGGUAUUGUGGGGGCGCUCCCUUGUUUAUCCUUUUGUUUUAAAAAUAUAAUUAGAAAUUCAAAAAUAUUUCCCUUAAAGAUAUCCUUCCUCGAAAAGAACGUUUUUCCGAAAUUAUGAAAUUAAUGAAGAAACAUAAAAAUGCACAAAUAUAAAAAUGCACAAAUAUGUUUCUUUGGUUAAAAAUCUGGUCGUGGUUAAUUCUCUUACAUUAAUUUUUCUGUGAGGGAUUUAUGAGUUUGAUGCCGUAAUUUCAAACGCCGUAAAAUCUGACCCUUUUAUAAUACAUGUCGAAAUACCAAAAUGUUAGCGAUUUACCAAAUGGAGGUAGCAGACUUUUCAUUUUUGUUUGAGACAAACUUCCAUCUUAUCGGAACAUAUCUUCUAGUUUUUUUAUUUUUCCGAGGUUUGGUAUUUCGACAGCUUUUUUGGGGUUUGGCAUUUCGAUUGGUAUUGGUAUUGCGGGGCGCUCCCUUAUCCUUUUGCUUUAAAAAUACAACCAAAAUUCAUUCAAAAAAUAUUUCCCUUAAAGAUAUCCUUCCUCGAAAAGAACGUUUUUCCGAAAUUAUGAAAUUAAUGAAGAAACAUAAAAAUGCACAAAUAUAAAAUUUAUUUUUGAAUUUUGUUCUCAUAUAUUUUUCUCUUUUUUUAAAUUUAUUCUCUAUACAUAUUUGUUUUAAUAUAUUUUUGCUAGUUUUCCAUUUUUCUCUCUUAUCAUUUUUACAUAUUUAUGUUCGUUCGAUAAAUUUAUGUAUUUACAUAAUGGCAUGAUUUGUUUAUAUUUUUUGGCAAUUUGGCGUUAUUCUUUAUUCAAUUCUAGAAAAGUUGUUACGAGUCUUUUAAGAAGUAAUUUUUGUGACAUAAAAUACAAUCUCAACAAUAUAAACAUGGAAGACCAAAUUUCAAAAAUUUCUGAUGCUGCUAAUCGAAUGCGUAUUUCUUCAAUUGAACAAACUGCUAAAGCAAAUUCUGGACAUCCAACAAGUAGUUGUAGUGCUGCUGAAAUUGUUGCAACACUUUUCUUUUCUGAGAUGCGUUAUUCGGUUAAAGAGCCUAGACAUGCUUCUGCUGAUCGUUUUGUUUUGUCUAAGGGACAUGCCUGUCCGAUUCUCUAUGCUGCUUGGGAAGAAGCAGGCUUGUUAACACGAGAACAAGUUUUGACUCUUCGCAAAUUAACUUCUGAUAUUGAAGGACAUCCAACUCCGAGACUUUCAUUUAUUGAUGUUGCUACAGGCUCUCUUGGACAAGGACUUUCCUGUGCUGCUGGAAUGGCUUAUACUGGAAAAUAUAUUGAUAACGCUUCUUAUCGAGUCUAUUGCCUUUUAGGGGAUAGUGAAAGUGCAGAAGGAUCUGUUUGGGAGGCUGCAGCCUUCGCAAGCUAUUAUAAAUUGGAUAAUCUCGUUACAAUUGUUGAUGUUAAUCGACUUGGACAAUCUCGUGAAACUAUGCUUGGCCAUGAUUUGUUCACUUAUGCUAAGCGCUUUGAAGCUUUUGGUUUUAAUAGUAUUAUUGUUGAUGGACACGAUGUUGCUGAUUUAUUGAAAGGUUUUGAUGAAGCUAGAAAAGUAACAGGCCAACCAACAGCAAUUAUUGCACGUACAUUAAAAGGAAAAGGAAUUGAAGGAGUUGAAGAUAAAGAUAAUUGUCAUGGAAAGCCAGUAACUUUGGAUAAAGCAGAAAUUAUUGCUUCAAAAUUGGGAAAUAAAACAACAAGAAAUUCGUGGGAAUUGGAAAAUUUAAUUGAUGAUGCUCCUGAAGUUGAUUUUGAAAUUGGAAAAAUUAAAAUGAGUUCGCCGCCAAAUUAUCAAAUUGGGGAGAAGGUAGCUACUCGUUUAGCUUAUGGAAAUGCUCUUGUUAAAUUGGCUGAUACAAGCAAAAGGAUUAUUGCUUUGGAUGGUGACGUGUCAAACUCCACCUUUUCUGAUAAAGUUCUCAAUAAAUACCCUCAACAAUUUGUCCAAUGCUUUAUUGCUGAACAAAACAUGGUUGGCGUUGCUGUAGGAAUGUCUUGUCGUGGGCGAACUAUUCCACAUGCCAGUACCUUUGCUGUUUUCUUUACUCGUGCUGCUGACCAAAUUCGAAUGGGGGCAAUAUCCUUUGCCAAUGUUAAAUUUGCUGGUUCACAUGCUGGUGUCUCUAUUGGAGAGGAUGGGCCAAGCCAAAUGGGACUUGAAGACCUCGCACUUUUCCGAGCAGUUCCUAAUAGCAUCGUUCUUUAUCCGACUGAUGCGGUUUCUACAGAAUAUGCAACUGAAUUGGCUGCUAAUUAUAAAGGAAUUACUUUUACGCGUACUGGACGUCCUAACACUCCGGUUAUUUAUCAAAAUGAUGAGAAAUUUGAGAUUGGAAAAUGCAAGGUUAUCCGCCAAACAAAUGAAGACAAGUAUUUAUUAAUAGGCGCGGGUGUAACACUCUACGAGUGUAUUAAAGCUCAUGAUAUUUUGAGUUCUGAAGGUAUUCAAGUUGCUGUUAUUGACAUCUUCUCUGUCAAGCCUUUGGACGAUCAAACACUUAUUGAGCAAGCUAAACGUGUUGGAGGGAAAGUUUUAACUGUCGAGGAUCAUUAUCAGACUGGAGGUAUUGGUGAAGCUGUAGCUUUGGCAUUAGGUGAUGUUCCUAAUGUUCGUGUUCGCAGUUUGUGUGUUAAAGAAAUUCCACGUUCUGGUACACCUGACGAGCUUAUGGAUUUGUAUGGAAUUUCUGCAAAGAAAAUUAUAGCGGCAGUAAAGAAUUAUUAAUUAUAGAGAGACAAAAAAUAAGCUUAAGGAGAGCUAUUUAUAGAGUAUAAUUUUUCUAAUUUAAUUAUAUAUUUUUUCAAAAUUGUUAAUUUGGUCAGAUUUCAUUUUUGCAUAUUUAUAGACGUGCACUUAUUUUAAAAUUUUAAUAAUGAUAAAUGGUUGUUGGGUUUUUUGAUUUUUAUUUUGGAAAUUGUGGUUAUUGCAGGACCGAAAAUAUUUAAUUUGUUCGUACUCUAGUGUCAUAGUUCUUGAAUUGAU